AUGUUACCGACGGUGAAGACUUAGUUAAACGCAUCAAUUUGAAUCACCUCUGGAUCAAAUUUUUCGCUGAAAGAUUAAUUUUUGAAUUCAUAUCAUCGGACAUACUGUCUGCGCAGCAAUUGAGGAAUUUGCGACGUACAAAAUAAGUGUAUCGAAACUGGUCUAUCGACUGUUUUGCUGUGUUAAACGGCAAGUGACCGGAAGAAGACGUGGUUUAGCUCAAAAUGGUGAUCCAAAGGUAUUUUAAACGACCCGGUCUGACACGUGGAGCUGAAGUAUCGGCAGGGCGUAAGAUCAGCACGGUGGUGGACAGCUUUAAAAGUCUGAGGACCGAGGCCUGCUUCUAUGUAGAGAGUAAUGAAGGUCUUGAUAAAUCUGACAUGGAGAAACUGAGAUGGCUUUUUUCAACACCAUUCACCUCUGUGGAUUGUCUGACAACAGUGUCAGCUUUAACAUCCGAUGACAACAUCUGCCUUCUUGUAGAGAUCGGACCAAGGUCGAACUUCUCUACUCCAUUCUCCACAAAUGCUGUCUCCAUCUGCAAAGCAAUUGGUCUUGUAAAAGUGACCAGAAUCGAGGUUUCUACCCGCUACCUCAUCAGUUUCUAUGGUAACCCACCGCCCCUGGGGCUGGAACAAGGUCUGGUGAACUGCUUGCACGACAAGAUGACGCAGUGUCGCUAUGUGGAGCCUAUCCAAACAUUUGACCUUGAUCAUGACCCUGACCCUGUCUAUGAUGUGGACCUGAUGGAACGUGGCAGGAAGGCCUUGGAAGAGGCAAAUGUCGCUUUAGGCUUAGCCUUUGAUGACUGGGAUUUGGACUUCUAUACCCACCUGUUUCAAGAGAAGGUCAAGAGGAACCCGACCAAUGUUGAAUGCUUUGACCUUGCACAGUCCAACAGUGAGCACAGUAGGCACUGGUUUUUCCGGGGCAGGCUCGUGAUAGACGGGGAGGAAGUGGAGGGGUCUCUGUUCAAGAUGAUCAUGGCCACGCAGGAGCACAGCAACGACAACAACAUCAUCAAGUUUAAUGACAACAGCAGUGGCAUUCAGGGCUUUGAUGUGGAGAUAAUCCGCCCAAAUAAUCCAGCGGAGCCAAGCCAAAUGAUGAUGAAGCGAGAGAUGAGACACAUCAUCUUCACUGCUGAAACACACAACUUUCCAACAGGGGUUGCCCCGUUUCCGGGUGCUACCACAGGUACAGGGGGGCGUAUCCGGGACGUGCACUGUACAGGACGGGGGGCCCUGGUGGUGGCAGGUACCGCUGGAUACUGCUUCGGCAAUCUGAAUAUACCAGGUUACACUCUUCCAUGGGAAGAUGAGAGCUUUGCAUAUCCACCCAAUUUUGCAUCACCACUUGAUAUUGCUAUUGAGGCUAGCAAUGGAGCCUCUGACUACGGAAACAAGUUUGGGGAACCAGUUUUGACUGGAUUUGCAAGGUCAUUUGGGCUGGAGGUAUCCCCUGGGGACAGGCGAGAAUACAUCAAACCCAUCAUGUUCAGUGGUGGUAUAGGUCAGCUGAUGGGGUCACAUAUCAAGAAGGAAACACCUGUUAAAGGCAUGGAGGUGGUCAAGGUGGGUGGUCCAGUGUAUCGUAUCGGUGUGGGAGGGGGAGCAGCGUCCUCCGUGCAGGUCCAGGGGGACAACAAGUGUGAGCUGGACUUUGGGGCCGUUCAGAGGGGGGAUGCAGAGAUGGAGCAGAAACUUAACAGAGUCAUCCGGGCCUGUGUGGAGCUUGCAGACCACAACCCCAUCGCCAGCAUUCAUGACCAGGGCGCAGGGGGAAACGGUAAUGUAUUGAAGGAGAUUGUGGAGCCAGCAGGCGCAGUGAUUCGAGCGAAGGACUUUCAGCUGGGUGACCCCACCAUCAGUAUCCUGGAGCUGUGGGGGGCAGAGUACCAGGAGACCAACGCUAUGCUGGUAGCCCGGGAGAACAUGGGGGUGUUAGCCAAGAUUGGUCGUCGGGAGAGAUGUCCGGUGUCUUUUGUUGGGACUGUAACUGGAGAUGGGCGGAUAUGCUUGGAAGAUUUUCCUAAGAGCUUAAAAGGGAGUCCUCAAAGAAAACGUCAGAAAAUCAGUAACGCAAAAAGGAGUGCAGUGAUCUCAAGUAAUGGCAAGAUGGCUGAAGGUAAUGUAAAAGGUUUAGAUGGAGACGGGGACAAUUCUAGUGUUGCUGAAGCAGAUGUGGCAGGCAUAGAUCAGCAAUGUGAGGUUGAGGAUGCAGUUGUGCCCAGGGGUUCCUAUCCGGUAGAUCUGGAUCUCGAACAUGUGCUGGGAAAAAUGCCUCAAAAGGUUUUCAACUUGACAAGAGGCAAGCUUGUUUUGAGACCACUCUCUCUGCCAGAAGGACUGACGGUACGCGAGGCACUACAGAGAGUGUUGAGACUGCCAUCUGUGGCCAGCAAACGUUACCUCACGAACAAGGUGGACAGGUGUGUGACUGGACUGGUUGCCCAACAGCAGUGUGUGGGACCUCUUCACACACCCCUGGCCGAUGUAGCAGUUACUGCCCUGUCAUACACUGAGAAAGUAGGGUCAGCCACGGCAAUAGGAGAGCAGCCCAUUAAGGGGCUCCUUGACCCAGCCUGUGGGGCCAGGAUGUCUGUCGGGGAGGCGCUGACCAAUCUGGUGUUUGCAAAAGUUACUGAUAUCAAGGACAUCAAGUGCAGCGGUAACUGGAUGUGGCCUGCCAAGCUGCCCGGGGAGGGCGCUGGGCUGGUGGAGGCAUGCCGUGCCAUGUGUGACGUCAUGGGGGCCCUGGGCAUAGCAGUGGACGGAGGCAAGGACUCCCUCAGUAUGGCUGCAAGGAUGGACAACAACACUGUGAAGGCCCCAGGUACCCUGGUGAUAUCUGCUUAUGUUGGUUGUCCUGAUAUCACCCUAACAGUCACACCAGACCUCAAGUGUCCUGACAAUAAAGGUCAACUUCUCCACGUUGACAUCGGGUCUGGUCCCUGUAGACUGGGAGGCACUGCUCUGGCCCAGUGCUUCAAGCAGCUGGGAACUGAGGCACCUGAUCUGGAUCAUCCAGAGGCUCUUGUUGCAGCAUUCCAAGUCACUCAGACGCUCAUUGAAGAGAGGAAGAUUUCAUCAGGACAUGACAUUAGUGAUGGAGGACUUAUAACGGCCUGUCUGGAAAUGGCGUUUGCUGGAAAUUGUGGAGUGUGUCUGGAUAUUAAAGAACAAGAUGGUGCCUCUCCAUUGGCGAGACUGUUCCACGAGGAGUUGGGUUUGAUAUUGGAGGUGAAGGACGCAGAUGUACCGCAUGUUAUGGAGAGAUACGCAGCAGUCAAUGUGCCAUGUUCUCACAUUGGUCACAGUAUAAAAGAUGGACCGGAUUCUGUGGUAAGCGUUAAAUUGUUGGGCAACAUUGUUCUGGAGGAGAAAAUGGUUGUUCUGAGGGACAUCUGGGAACAGACGAGCUUCCAGCUUGAGAUGCGACAGUCUAACCCAGACACUGUCAGACAGGAACAGGAUGGGCUGAGGUCAAGGACAGAGCCACCUUAUCAGUUGACCUUUGACCCAGAUAUCGUGCACAUCAUUCCUGCAGGUUUUGCAGGCAAGCAGUGUCCCAGGGUAGCAAUCCUGCGUGAGGAGGGCAGUAACAGUGACCGUGAAAUGGCCGCAGCAUUCAUGAUGUCUGGCUGUGAGGUGUGGGAUGUGAACAUGCAGGACCUGGUGUCAGGGGCAAUUACUCUUGACCAGUUCCACGGGCUGGCGUUUGUUGGGGGCUUUAGCUAUGCAGAUGUUCUUGGCUCUGCAAAAGGCUGGUCUGCAACGGCCCUGUUCAAUGCCUCUGUGCGAGAGCAGCUGCUGGUGUUUCAGAGGCGGGAAGACACGUUCAGUUUCGGUGUGUGCAACGGGUGUCAGCUGAUGAGUCUGUUGGGAUGGGUGGCCCCAGAUGUUGGCGACGAAGUUGAUCGUUCAGAUGACACACAACCAUGUCAAGGCGUGUUUCUGGACCACAAUGACUCAGAGAGGUUUGAAUGUCGCUAUGUCACAGUCCGUGUGAACAGAAGUCCUGCCAUCAUGUUUAGAGGCAUGGAGGGCUCCAUGUUUGGAAUGUGGAGUGCGCAUGGAGAAGGGAAAAUGGUGUUCAAAUCCCACACAGUGUACCACAGCGUCAAGUCCAACAACCUCAUUCCCCUGAGCUACGUGGAUGACGCAGGGAAGGCAACCAUGGUGUAUCCCUUCAACCCAAAUGGCUCGGUGGAAGGGGUUGCUGCCCUUUGUUCCCCGGACGGCCGACACCUAGCCAUUAUGCCACAUCCGGAGCGAAGCUUCCAGAUGUGGCAGUUGCCGUGGAUACCAGAGGGUAUGAAGGGAUCGCUGGACGCAUCGCCAUGGUUGCAGAUGUUUCAGAACGCAUUUGACUGGAGCGUGCAGAAGAUCAAUGAAUGAAAUCGCAAACCUUAUUUUUUUUUGCUAUUAAAAUUUUGAUUGUCUUCUUAUCAGGCAUGUACUGUGGAAAGUGAUCCCCACUCUAGGAAAACAGGUCUAAAUGCUUAUGCUUUAAUUGUGUCCCAGAUUAGCCUUUGUCGUCCACACAGGCUAAUCAGGGAUGACACUUUCUGCUUUUAUUCUAUGUUUUGUUUAAACAAAGCCUCUUAUUAGCAAAUAAUCCAGUUUAGGGGGAAAGCGUACUCCUUUAUACCUGAGGGAAUCCAUGGGAAAAUCUGGGACAACACUUUAAGCACAUGCAUUAAGGCCUGUUUUCCAAGUGUGUGACUCAAAUAUUAACAUUUUAUGGCUAUUAUAGUUUUAAGCUCAUCUAUUUUUUGAAAAAAAAAAAGAGCUAUUGUCAUCACCUUGUUGUCUGCGUCUGCCUCGGCAUCCGGUUAAGUUUUGCGUUUGGGUCCACUUUUCUCAUAAAGCAUCACUGCUAUUUAUCAAACUUGGUACAGUUACUUACAAUCAUGAGGGGACUGGGCAGGCAAAGUAAGAUAACUCUGGCGUGCAUUUUGACAGAAUUAUGUGCCCUUUUUAUACUUAGAAAAUUGAAAAUUUUGGUUAAGUUUUGUGUUUAGGUCCAUUUUAUUCCUUACGUAUCAAAGCUAUUGCUUUCAUACUUGCAACACUUACUAACUAUCAUAAGGGGACUGUUAAGGCAAAGUUAUGUAACUCUGAACUGGCAUUUUGACAUAAUUAUGUGCCCUUUUUAUACUUAGAAAAUUGAAUAUUUGGUUAAGUUUUGUGUUUAGGUCCACUUUAUUCCUAAAGUAUCAAAGCUAUUGCUUUCAUACUUGGAACACUCGCAAACUAUCAUAAGGGACAGUAAAGGACAAGUUGCAUAACUCUGGUUGUCAUUUUUACGGAAUUAUGGCCCUUUUUUGACUUAGUAACUUUGAAUAUAUGGUUAAAUUUUCUGUUUAGAUCCACUUUACUUCUAAAGUAUCAAGGCUGUUGCUUUCAAACUUUAAAUACUUUCAUGCUAUCAUGAGGGUACUGUACCUGGCAAGUUGAAUUUUACCUUGACCUUUGAAUGACCUUGACUCUCAAGGUCAAAUUAUUAAAUUUUGCUAAAAUUGCCAUAACUUCUUUAUUCAUGAUUAGAUUUGAUUGAUACUUUGACAAAACAACUCUUACCUGACAUACCACAAUAGACCCCACCCAAACCAUCCCCCACGCCCCUUCGA